GGAUGUGCUCCGGCGGAACUCGGAAGCGUAUGGGCGGACAUUAGAGAGGGAGAGACGGGGAGAGGACACGCUACGUAACUGGGUAGUGAAGCGAGGGCACGGGGCGGAGAGAUGGCGAUGGCGAUGGCUAGGCGAUGGUGCGGCACGGUGGUGGCUGCUACCCAGCGCAUGAGCAGCAUGAGCACGAGCGGCGCUUUGCCAGUGGUGUGCGGGCGUGGAGAUAAGAAGACAAAGAGGGGGAAGAGGUUUAAGGGUUCAUAUGGCAACGCCAGGCCAAAGCGCAAGGAGAUGAUUGAGAGGAUCAAAGACAAGGUCGAGGUUCCCAGGUCCACCCCUUGGCCUCUCCCUUUCAAGCUCAUCUAAUCUCUCUCUCUAGGGUUAUUGGAAUGAUACUGUGAUCUAUAUAUAAUGGUUUUUGUUCUCAUUGAUUAAUCCAUAGUUGUUAACUUUUAGUUCUUCUUCUUUGUUUGCUUAGAAGAUGGAACUGUGUGGGUUUAGAACGUGAAUUGAUUCGUGUGUGUGAGAUACUGGGAAAAGAAGAAGGAUUCAGAAUAGAGUGCUCUCUCUCUCUCUCUCUCUAUCCUGUGGGUACCUUAAGUAGAUAAAUCCACUUAUAAUUUAAGGGUUUAUUCCUGGA